AUUAUUUCGAGUUAUAUCUUUUUUAUUAUAUAUUCAAUUUCUUUCACAAGCCCCUUUAAGUUGAAAUCUCGAUAUUACAAUCUAACAUGAAGUUUCUGACGAUCUUCGACAAGUUGAAUUUUCAAAAUGGCGAAGCGCACAGGAGUGGAAAAUCAGUUUUGUGUUGUGCCAAGAAAGUCGAUAAAACUUCUUGGUGAGUCAGUUGGUAUUAGUUAUUUAUCUAGCGAAGUUGCAGCUACUGUAGCUGAGGACGCCUCUUAUAGAAUACGCCAGAGUAUUCAGGUAUUGUAUAAAUUUUAUUUUCACUAUUUUUAAUUUGUGUUGGUGUAAUCAGUAAUGUACUCAGGUGAAUAUGAUUAAUAAAUCUCACUGUUCUCACAUUGUCUCUUAUUCUGUUAGCAUGUUAUUAUCUUGAUAAUGUAUUGUAUGUGAAAACUAUAAUGUAUUGUAUGUGAAAACUCUUUUCUCUUAUGUUGAACUGUCAGAGUGCAAGCCAGUUUGUUAAACACGGUAAAAGAGAUCACAUGACAGGAGAUGACAUAAACAGGGCUUUAUUUUGGAGUCACGUUGAGGUAAGGAUUGUCACACCAUCAUGAUAAUUACCAAAACAGUGGAUACAUUAUUUGGCCCAAAAUAGUGUAAGUGUGAUGUUUUUGCAACUCCAUUGUUUACCCUGCCAAUUAAUGUUGAAAAAUUCGAGUAUAUUAUCUAUCACAGCACAAUUUACUGCUGACCAUUCAGAUAUGUUGCUAAUUGUGCCAUUAAAUGGUUUUUAGAAGGCUUUAAAUUAUGUUUAUGUCAAAACCAAACAUUGAUUUUUCUAGCCAAUUUAUGGAUAUGGUUCAAAAAACAGCAAUAUAUUCAGCAGCAUAUCAACAAAGGAUGGAGAUCUCUUCUUUCAUGACGAUAAGGAAAUCAACUUGAGAGAACUUGCAUUUUCAAAGGGAUUCUCGUCAUUAAGUGACCUUGGCAGCUGUGAAAUCAGUGUUGAAGGUAAUAGUCAAAUAAUGUUCCGUAUUUUAAUGAUUCGAACUCUCAAAAUUGUCAUGAUGCGACAACUGACACUUUGACUUGAUGUGACAACUGGCAUGUUGACAAUGUCACUGGUUUUAGCCAGUUGUUUCCUCCUGCUGGAAACACUGGAUGAAUGUUGGAUGGGCUUAAAACUUCACACCUUAUAAAUAAAAAAAAUGUAUAACUGAUAGAGGCAGUUAUGUAUGCCCUGAAAAUAAGGUCAUGGUACCGUAUAAAACCAGGCAUGGCUUUUUCUUCAUUUUUAGUUUCGGUGUUGGAUAAAACAUUGGCAAGUAAAAGUGAUAGUCAAGGUAGGCAGCACUACUGCAUUUCAUUUUAUAUUUAGUUCCCCAGUGAUAAUUGUUCAACAUAUUGUAAUUUCUUCAGGUGAUACUGAACCAUCAACUGCCAAACUACCUGAAUUUGAAAGUCUCAAUCCAGUAAGUUCAUUUUUUGUAGCAUUGUUUACAGUACAUUAUUUUCUCCAUGUGAACUAAUUUAUAUUUUAUUGCAUGUACUGUAAUUGUACGUGAUCAUUAUACCAAGUGGUUUUAUUUCAAAGGUUUCAAAAUCAUAUUUCAACCAAGUGACAAGAAAUAUAAUUGCUGCUGAUAUUGAAACAGUUAAGGUACUGAACAUUGAUACUUCCUCCAUGUAGAUUUUAUCAAUUUCUGGAGUUAAGCAAUGCAUGGGGUUCAGGGGACGAGAAUAGAUCCUGAAAUCAAACUCAACUGGUCUGCGACUAAGGUAGACCCUGCCCCAAUAGCUUUUGAAUUUGGCUUACUAGUUAUUUUAGCCUUAAUUUUAGACUAUUUGUGGAGUUGACACUCGUCAGGCAUUUACUCCAGGUUUAGAGGAGCUUAAGCUAAAUGCCCUCCACAUGGUCAAAAAAUUGAGUUAACUAGCUGUUUUAAUAUGUUUAGAUAAUUCUUGAUGAUUUGAAAACGAAUCCAAGAAUCCAAAUUCUUCUUCCAUAUUUGAUCAACUUUAUAACAACUGCGGUAAGAUUUUUUAAAACAUUAAUAAUAGAUAUGUAGUUCAUAUAGAUUAAGAUAUGUGUUAAUUUACAGUUUGAAAGUUAGAUUUGUGCAGUAUACAUUCAUUGCCCCGACUGAAGCAAGAAAAUUUCUAUCAUUGCAGAUGCAGACCCUGAGCGAAGAUAAUUUAAAACUUGUGAGAGUAUUUGAACUUGUCAAAGCUUUGGUUGACAACAAGCAUCUCUAUUUAGAACCUUAUGUGAGUACUGUACAACAUAAAAAUACUAACUUGACAACUUGUGUUUAAUGAUGGAACUAUCCAGUAUAAACCACGAAACAGUGAUAAACACUAGGGGGAGGGCAGCCUCCUCCUACCCUGCCCUCCUCCAACCCACCCCAACGCCCAAUACCACCCCACCUCGCCUCUGAAAAGAACAGUUUAGAACUGGUAGUAAGAUCUGUCCAAUAUAAGAAUCUGUAUUCUAUAGGUUGUCCAGUUAGUACGAGCAGUAAUGUACUGCCUUGUUGAAAAACCUGGCUCAAAAAUUUCAACCAGCUGGUUUGAUGACUGGAGCUUACGAAAAAAAUCUGCACAGACGCUCUGUCAUAUUGAUAGG